AUGACAUCAACCUCUCCAGCAACCCCCAUCACUUCAUUCGACGAAGUUCGGCAGCAAUGGCAAGAAUUGCUGGGCCGGUCGGUGGUGAACAACCUGUACAUCACGCCCGAGUGGCAGGAACUGUGGUGGAGCGCCUUCCAAAACGGCCGGUCGUUGGCAGGAUUUUACCUGACCGACGCUGCGGGCCAACUAACCGCCCUGGCAUCACUGUCGCGCUGUGGCGACAAUUUUUCCUUCGUGGGCAACAGCGACACGUUUGAUUACAACGAUUUCGUGAUCGCCCGCGGGACAGAGCCGGCAUUUUUCCCGGCUCUGCUGGACGCAAUCGACUCGGGCGGCGGCCGACAACUGGACCUCUAUUCGGUUGGGGAAGAUUCUCCAACGUUGGCGAUGCUCCCCGAAUUGGCGCGGGCACGCGGAUAUUCGGUGGACAUUGCGGAGGAAGACGUUGCGCCACGAAUUGAUCUGCCGGCCACCUGGGAUGAUUAUCUGGCAGGGUUGAGCAAAAAGGACCGGCACGAGCUGCGCCGGAAACUGCGCCGCCUGGAGGCCCACGAGAACUGGCGGUGGUUCUGCGUUUCGGAUCCGGCCGAGGCCGCCGACCGCACGGACACGUUCCUCGCACUGAUGCGAGACAGCGACCCGGCGAAGGCUGAAUUUCUCACCGCUGACCGGGAAGCGUUCUUCCGGCGGCUCAUCGCGGCCACGGCGGCCCAGGGAGUUCUCCGGCUCUUCUUCUUGGAGAUGGACGACAAACCGGUGGCCGCCUCACUGUGCCUCGAUUACGAUGGCGUGCGGAUGCUGUACAACAGCGGUCACGAUACGGAAUACCGCUACUACAGCGUCGGGUUGCUGCUCCACGCGCUGUGCCUGCGUGACGCGUUGGAAGGGGGAUAUCGAUACUUCGAUUUCCUGAGGGGGAACGAACCCUACAAAUACAGGCUGGGCGGUCACGACCACCAUCUCUACCGGAUAACGCUGGAGCGCCCGGGUUAA